AAAAUGGACAAUGCCACUCGUUUGCUUCUGUGGUUUUACAUCGCUCAUAAUUGAGAGGAGAUAUAUCUGACGUAAGCAUACUAGAACGAAUGCAGCGACCGUAAAUAGUAAUAGGAGCGAAAAAUCGAGAAAACACAAAUAACGUGAAAAAGUUGUGCUAACACAUAAAGCGUCGCACAAGUUACGGAAUCUCGAGAUUCCAUAAGAAUGCCGAUCAGCACACUUAAGGAUUCAGUACUUCAGCAACACAAAAAUGCUAGCAAAAAACAGAAUAAAACAAGUCAUGCAUCAAUGCCUACAAAGAUUGUAGAAAUGAUAGUUCCCGCUUAAUUCUGACUGAUCGACAAGCUUGCCAAAAUUACGAACCGGAGUUGAGGUUAUUUCCAUUCUGUAUUUUUUUGUUGUUGAUGAUUUUCGCCGAUUGCGUUUAUUUUUGAAUGCAACUGAAUAACGUAAACCUAAUGGGUUGUUUACUCAGUUCGCUUAUGUUUACCUCUCCCAGACUCACCUUGCUUCUUACUCUUCCCAAAAUAUAACUUAUUUAUAGGUUCGAUACAAACCUAAAGAAGGCUAACCGUUACGUUUCCGAAUGGUUUAUAAUGAAUAUACUCUUUUCAUAACGCCAGAUCACUACUUCAUAAACGCAUUAGGGUCGAAAGCCUUCAUUAUAAUUGACAGAGUGUCACAAGAACUUAAAGUUGAAUUUGAAGAACCGGCCAUCCCAAGCGUAGCGAAAAAGCAUACAAUCUAUGGAAUAUGGGGGGUUGUACGUCUAGUUUCGGGGUUUUAUUUGAUAGUAAUUAAAGAACGUGAGCGAGUCGGUGAGAUAUUCGGGAACACUAUUCUAAAAAUAACCAAGAGCGUCAUAUUACCAUUUGCAAGGUCUGUACUUCAUUUGACAGAUAUUCAGAAUCAAGAUGAAUCUUUAUAUUGCCAAAUGCUUAAUAGUAUUCUGUCGUCAGAAGGCUUUUACUACUCGAGUACCUAUGACUUGAGUCACACAUUGCAACGUUUAUCGGAUACGGACCCAAAAUUCAAGGCAUCCAGUAUUUACGAGCGUGCAGAUACACGGUUUACGUGGAAUAAAUCUCUGUUGAAUGAAUGGGAAUCUAUGCUUAAUUCUACAUCAUCCUUCAAGCAUAAGCAAACAACCGGUUGGAAUCGCUUCGAUUACUGUGUACCUAUCAUUCAAGGAUAUGUUGGGAUAAUAUCAUAUCCAGAAAAUUUGUCUGACACUCUUAAGGGAAACCUCGUGUAUUCCCUCAUCUCUCGUCGUAGUAUACAUCGAACUGGAACAAGAUUCAACGCACGUGGAGUUGACGGGGAAGGGAACUGUGCGAAUACUGUAGAAACAGAACAAUUGGUCGAUAUUUCGGGGCAUAGGUUUUCUUUUGUUCAGCUUCGUGGUUCUGUGCCAAUAUAUUGGAGUCAACGACCGAACUUAAGAUAUAAACCAGCUGUUUUACUAGGUGGUAGUCAACUAUCUUCCAGUAUAACACACUCGGCUAACUUAACCGUUAAUGAGACUGAGAAGAAUUUGGAGGCAAUUCAAGCUAAUAUUGCACGCCAACAUUUUCAUAGUUUAAUAUACGAUUAUGGUUACGGACGACAAACAAUAAUAAAUUUAUUAGAUCAGAAAGGGAUGGAACGUAAUUUAGGACAUGCUUAUGCUAUGGCCGUUUCAGCUUUAGAUGAAAAAGAAGUCAAAUAUGAAAGUUUUGAUUUUCAUCAUGAAUGUGGUUCAACUCGUUGGGAUCGACUGGGUAUCUUGUUAGAACACCUUAUACCAGAAUUAUUGAGAUCAAAACAACUACAUAUAGAUAUGAAUAACUCUGCAACAAUUAUUACUCGUCAAACUGGAACAUUUCGUUCAAACUGUAUUGAUUGCUUGGACAGAACAAAUGUGAUCCAAUCUAUGCUUAGUUGGUGUGCAUUAGAACAAGCAAUGAUUGAGAUUGGUAUAUUGCAAGGUACAGUUUCUCGAACAGCCGAUGCUAGUACUACAUCACCUCUAUCUCAUUUGUGGCCAGGUUUUGGAUUUCGUUUUAAAUCGAUUUGGGCUAACAAUGCAGAUUACUGUUCUCUUCAAUAUGCAGGUACACCAGCCUUGAAAACAGAUUUCACUAGAACAGGUAAAAGAACAUUAUAUGGUAUACUGAUGGAUGGUUAUUAUUCAAUAAUUCGUUAUUAUUUAAAUAAUUUCAACGAUGGCUUCCGUCAAGAUUCAAUGCAUUUACUUCUUGGCCAAUAUAAAGUAAUGGAUGUUAAUGGGAAUCUUAAGCCAUUACAUGGACCAGGUGGACCUCCUAGACGUCGCCUAAAAAAUUCUGAUUCUGAAUGGUUUACACAGUUUCUACCACUGGUAUUUAGUUUUACCUUAGCUAUGUCUGUAUUGUGUUGUAUCUUUCCUACAGGUAGGCGUUUAACAUACUCUGUAUUUGAUAAUUAUAAUAAUGUUGGGUUAAACUAUGAUUUACGGACGACCUUUGAGCGAUGCUUAAGUAACCUUGAUAAUGUCCACCUACUUAAGUUUAAUGAGGGUUGUGAAUUGAUGUGAGUAAUUAGGAUUCGCAGUUGGGCAUUAGGAUUAGUUUUCAUCACGAACUGGAAUCAUGUAUAAUGCCAAGAUGCUAUUUAGCCAUAUGGACGAGUGAAUUUCGCGCCAAAAUCCAAGAUCUGGUGUCUUAAACCUGAUUGGUCCAUCCGUAAAUUACAGUCUCGCCUAGUUUUGCUGUGUAACUGGUUGGAAUUUCACACUACAUUACAUGCUAUCCAUACAGUGACAUAACAAUAACAGAACUGUAUAGUUGAGUAAUUACAAAAUCAACUUUUAAGAUUUUUCUGCACUAGUUAUUUUCAACAGUAAAGUUCAAUUUCUCAUGCACUGACCAUAGUAAGUUAAUACCAGAUGAAUUGUCUUACAGUAUGCAGGUAGAUAGGUUGACCAUGAGAUGGACGUACGAAUGAUGACCGUGGCCAGGUGAAUAAUGCCCUUACUCAUUAUGAGUCAUUGUAUUUGACUUAUCAUUCAGCCUUAAGAUAUAAUGUGAUCUGGUUUCCUUGCUUAAUCAAUACUGUGUUCAAAUCUCUGUGGUAACAAUGACCUUUUAAUAAAUAGUAACUUCCGGCUGAUAAAUUCCAUACUUGAAAAGAAACUUGAUUACUCCCUACAUCCCGUUUUAUCCAAGGCUUACAUCAGUGCAGUUAUGGCGAUAACUGGACACCCUCAUCUGUUGAACUACAGGUUGAUAAUAUUUCACAGCACUUCUAGCUGUUCACACUCUGUAGAUGUUCUCAGGUUUACAAUUUCAUAUGGUUAUUGAAAUAAUUUUAAGAAUCAUCGGUGUAUUUAAAAGCAGAGGUGUUACAUUGAGUCUGAAUUAUUGUAAGCGGCGUGAGAUAUUGUGAAUAUUAGAUGGGAUAGUUAAGAACCAAUUUGUUUAAAUAGUUUACAGUUUUUUCUGACUUUUGUCAAUUAUUAAAACAUGUACUUAAAUAACAUGUUUAGCUCCUCACUGCAGUUAACAAUAGCCCUAAUGAGUUGGUUAAUUUCAGCUUUCUUUGUGUACAUAUAUGAGGUAUGGCAACGUAAACCUAUGCAUACUUACUUCAGGUCUUGUAUUGCCUGUGAUGGACUAUCUAACCCGAAACAAUGUUAAUUCUGUAAAGGUUGUAUUUCGUACAAAAUUUUCGAAAAAAAUCCAUCCUAUAGUUCCUUAUUUGGUUUAUAUCUAUUUUCAGCUCAUUGGACAGAGAAAGCAACUUACGUACUAUUCUGGGGUGGAGCUUCAGUUCUUUCUGCUUUAGCAAUAUUUGCCUACGGUGAUGAUUUUGUUGACCAUCCUCGAUUUUGUCCAGACUAAAGAGGAUUUUCCAAAUCAAUUCUUACGAUAAAACCCAUGAAUCCGUAAUAAUUUCGUUUAUUGAAGAAUGUAAUGCUUGCUCGAUAAAACUAAAUAUUGACAAACAUCUUUGUAUUUUAAUAGGAAUAUAUGUUCGUUUGGUCGACUAACAAGGACAUAUCUUUUCUGUCUUCUUUCUUUCUUGUGCUAAAAAGGAAUCUUUUUAUAACUGUGACAACUUUGCUCAUUAUAUUAGUAGUGAUUACAAUGUCUUUCUUCUGGGUGUUUUCUUUUUCUCUUCAUAUUUCGAGUUAAGUUUGAUCUCGUGAAAUAUUUCGAAUGCUUAAACUAAUCAAAUCAUUGCCAUCUGAACUUGAAUAAACCAAUCCACCUUUAAAAUGUC